AUGGCCUCGUCUGAGGUUCCAUCUGUCAUGAUGGGCGAAAGCGAGAGGGCAGAGAAGGAAGCCUUCCGACAUAGCCUGGAGAAGGUUAUAAUUGAACUCUGCGACAACGAGCCAGAACGCCUGCCACGGGUGUCACUCGAGUCUUUUGGCAGCUUCAGAAGCGGUUUCGCAAAUGCAGGGUCGGACAUGGAUCUUGUAGUAGUGUUACAGGAUGGGACUCCAUACACUGCAUGCUUCUCCCUCCUCGAAGACGACCUGCCCAGACUGCUCGAAAAGCGGCUACUGCAGCUUGGCUAUGGAGCACGCUUACUGACCAGGACGCGGGUUCCCAUCAUUAAAAUCUGCGAGAAACCAGAUGAAGGUCUGCUUGACAAGCUUCGCGAAGAGCGAGAGAAGUGGGAUGCACUGCCUAUUGACGAGAAGUAUCCCCACCUGCAUGCAGAGGAAGAUGCGGUGGAGGAAGAAUCACCGACCGCUGGAGCAGAUGAUGCGAAAGCGGACCACAAACCUCAGACCGAAAGGACCAGCAAACCAAGCGUGGAAAAGUACACGGCAUUACUACCUGCAGGGGCAGAUGGCGGCAAUCAGGACGCGCCGGUCAGCAUUAAUGGGCAGGCUACGAAACAGCUCCCUGCUAGACCUCACCGUUCUGGGAACCCAAAACCAUGGACUAGAGAACGCAAGGCAGGCCUUCUCGACUUCCCCAAGAGCGGUAUAGGUAUACAAAGCGACAUCAACUUCUUCAAUCCUCUCGGUCUCCACAACACGCAGCUCUUGCGGUGCUACUCGCUCUGUGACCAGCGUGUCAGGCCGAUGGUUUUGUUCGUCAAGUCGUGGGCCAAGCGGCGGAAGAUCAACAGCUCAUAUAGUGGGACCCUGUCAAGCUACGGCUACGUGAUGAUGGUGCUGCACUAUCUUGUGAACGUUGCGCAACCCCCGGUGCUACCAAACCUGCAGGCACCUUGGCGACCGAACCGCUCCUGCACACCUCCUGGAGCGUCCACCACUGAAGUAGAUGGUUGGAUCGUCGACUUCUGGCGCAACGAAGAUGAGAUUCUAGGCGCCGUCCGCAACGGCCAGCUUUCUCAGAAUCGGGAGUCACUUGGCUCACUUUUGCUUGGUUUCUUCGAGUACUACUCCUCCCAAGGGUACGGACCUCGUUUUCAGUGGAUGCAGGAUGUGCUCUCCCUGCGCAGUCCUGGUGGCUUGCUUGGAAAAGCAGAGAAAGGCUGGGUCAAGGCUAUCACGGAGGAGGGAGAGGGCAAGAAGGUCCAGCAUCGGUACCUGUUCUGCAUCGAAGAUCCAUUCGAGCUCAGUCAUAAUGUUGCAAGGACGGUAACGCAUCAAGGUAUUGUGGCUAUCAGGGAUGAGUUCAGGCGAGCGAGGAGGAUACUGUUGGCUGUCGGUCACGGGCAAGAUCCCCCCGACGGGCAUCUGCUCGAUGCGCUCGUGGAGUCCGAGAUACCUGAGGACUCUCGGGCAGCAAGUGACAACAAAGCCACGCACAGCGACAACGCUGUGAACGGCAGCGUGCACGACAUCACCCAGAAGCUGGACGCCAUGAAGCUUCACAACAAGGGGACCGUCGGGCAGAACAAGCGAAACCACUCGAAUGGCCUACGUCCGACCGCACCGCCUUCACAACCUCUCAACCUCGCAGACAACGAAGCAUUUCCAGCGCUUGGUGGCCGAUUCGGGAAAGCGAAUGGCAAUGGGAAGGUGCAGAAGGCGAACGUGAGUGAGAUCUCCGGUGACCGCGCGAAAGCCUACCUGGAAGAAGUGAAGAGGAAGAAGGCGGAUGCGGACGCCGAACGUACCGCUACUGGUGCGGCCGAGGCUGUGCUGGGCGAUGAUUGA